AGGGAUAAAAUAUACAGAGAGAGGGAUCCAAUCCGGUUCGAGCUGGUUCUGGUAAUGGUCGAACGUUAAUGUUACGUUACAAACUGUCCUGUAAGUGUAGACUGAGGUGUACGGCUGACCCACAUUUCCUAUAGUUUUCUGAACAGUUAGAGGUUGUGUUGUCUUUGUAGCUCCGCCGCACAGUCUUAAGCAACAAUGGGAAGAAAAAAAUCUGCCACCGAUACCGAAGGAGGUGCAGAGCCAAGGCGAAAGUCUCAAAGGUUGUCAGAGAAAGAGACACAGCCGAAGCCACAGCCUGAAAAAACAAAGGCAACUCCAAAGGCCAAAAAAGUGAAAGAGCCAGCAAAGGCCAAGGUGGAGGAGAAGAAGAAGAAGGAAGAACCUCAGGCAGAGAAGGAAGUUCCUGCGGAAAACGGAGAAGCCAAACCAGAGGAGGCCACACCAGCAGAGGAGGAGGAAGAAAAAAAGGAAGAAACAGCUGAGGAGGAAGAGGAGGAGGAGGAGGAGGAGAAAACAGAUGACUAGUAGAGCCGGUGCUUCUUGUACCUUCUUUUGUUGUAAAAUGCAGAGAAUAUUUUUAUCCACUAUUUUCUUAAGACAGCAAUGUUUUUAAGGGUGUAAUUUGCAGUUUUUUUUCUUUUUUUUCUUUCUUAACUUUUCAUCGACCUAUCAUGGUUUCCGUGAAGGGAAUGGUUUCCUCUUGUUGUGUUCUCAUGAUUAUGUUAGGUUGUAGCUUUUUCUGCCUGAGAUGCAAUCAUGCCUUUA